AUGGCUCUUUUGCUGGCGACGUCUCUGGCGAGUUUGCAUCUGUUGGCGGGCGCUACUCUGGCCGCAGUCGACGUGUGCGGGCAAAUCAACCUGGGUACAUCGCCGGCCACGAAAGUGUACUAUCCAGUUGACCUCCUCGGAAACUACGCGGCAGACCUCUCGCAUUGGGCGUCGUCGAGCUCCGACCUCUCUGCGUGUACAGUCGAGCCCGCCAACGCGGCGGAUGUGGGCACUAUCCUUACCCUGAUUGGGAGCGCGAGGGUUCCAUUCGCUGUGAAAGGCGGCGGCCAUACAGCCAAUCCUGGCUUUUCUUCUACGCCCGGCGUACACAUCAGCAUGACCAAGUUCUCCGACGUGGUCUACGAUGCCCCCAGCCAGACCGUCAGGAUCGGCGCGGGCUUGGUAUGGGAUGAUUUCAAGGUCUAUGCUGCGCUGGACCCGCUGGGCGUGAAUGUUGUCGGCGGCCGCGUGUCAGGCGUUGGUGUCGCGGGCUUCACAUUGGGCGGAGGCUAUUCCUGGAAGACGAACCAGUAUGGCCUGACGGUGGAUACUAUUACCGCGUAUAAACUCGUCAAGCCUUCGGGGGCCGUCGUGACUGUCACCCAGGCCUCCGACCCUGAGUUGUUCUUUGCGUUGAAGGGUGGAGGCAAUAACUUUGGGAUCGUUACGGACUUCACUCUCAAGACUUUCCCUCAGACCCAAGUCUGGGGAGGCUUGAUUACUUAUACCGCCGAUAAACUGCCCGCAGUCGCCAAUGCAGUUGCUGCAUUCGCCGCCAACGUUACCGAUCCUAAAGCUGCAAUCAUUCCAGCCGUGAAUUUCCUCGCUACUCAGCCUGGUGUAUCGCACAUAAUGUUCUACGACGGACCAACCGCUCCGUCGGGCAUCUUCGACGACUUCUUGGCCAUUCCACAUUUCACAAAAGAUGUCAAGACCCGGAGCUUCCUCGACUUGGUGCAAAGCGCGCCGUCUGAUGCCACCAGUGGUACGAGAGGAGCAUUUCAUACCGUUGGUCUACGGAGCUAUUCCAAAACGAUGAUCGACGCAAUCAUCAACGAAACCAUCUACUGGGGCGCUGCCCUCACCCUUGCCGGUGCCGCCUUCGUCUCAUACGACAUCGAGCCAUUCCUGCCCUCAAUCUACACCCACGGCACACUUCCCAAGGCCUUCCCCUUCACCGCCGAGCCCUUCAUCCCGCUCAAUCUCUACUACGCAUGGGCGCCGUCGCUGACCGACGGUUUCUUCCACGAUGCCCUCCGCGCGAGCGCCGCCCACCUAACCCAGGUCGCCCUCGCCGACGGCCAGACCGGCGUCGACACCGCGCCGCUGUACCCCAACUACGCUCUCAUCGGCACCCCCCUCUCACGCAUCUACGGCUCCAAUCUGGCGACGAUGCAGGCCGUGAAAGCUAUUGUGGACCCCACGAAUGUUAUGGGACUCGCCGGAGGAUGGAAGAUUUGA